AUGAGCCGAGCGCUGCUGCUCCUGCUCGCCUGUUCCCUCGUCCGCAUCGAUGCCUUCGUCGCGCCGCCCAGGCCCGCUCCGACGAUCCAGCUCUACGCCGAGGACGGCCCGAGCCGGCGCGGCAGGCGUCGCGCACGCAAGGAACGGACGCACUUGACGACGCCGACGGAGGCGGCGGCGCCCGCGGCGCCGGCGCCGAAGAAGGCGAUCCCGCGCCCGUCGGUGCUCGACGGCAUCGGCACGCCAUCGCCGAAGAAGCUGAAGCAGCGGACGGCGCAACCGCCCGAAGCCGCCGCCGCGCCGCCGCGCGCCGCGCCGCCGCGCGCCGCGCCGCCGCGCGACGCGUCGCCGCGCGCCGCGCCGCCGGCGUUCGAGAUCUACGACUCGGCGCCCGACGAGCGCGCGGCGGACGCGCCCGAGCCCGCGCCCGCGGAGGCGCCGGACGACUCCCCGGCGGCGUUCGCCGCGGCCGCGUGGGACGCCGAGGCGGGCGAGGCCGCGGCCGCGGCGAGCUACGUCGCGUCGUGCCGCGCCAAGCUGGUGUCCCUCUACGAGCUCUACAACCCGGCGAAGCUCGACGACGUCGACGACCUCCUCGCCAAGUACGCGGGCCGCGAGGCGUUGCUCCUGUCGGCCGUCGAGGGCAAGUACAGCGGCGCGGGCGCGAUCCCGCUCUUCAAGGACGAGGCCGCGGUCAUGCAGGGCGCCAGGCUCAUGGAGGAGUACGACGCCCGCGCCCGCGAGGCCCGCGCGGCGUCCGCCGCGCGCCUCGCGGCCGCCGCGGCCGCGGCCGCGGCCGCCGCGGCCGCCGGCGACGCGGCCGCCGCGCGGUCGGCCGUCGGCGCGGCCGUCGCCGAGAGCCUGGACACCGGCGACGACGCCGUGCUCGCAGCCCUGCGCGGCGCCGUGCUCGAGGCCGCCGCGACGAACCUCGACGGCGCGGCGGCGCUCGCGGCGCGCGCGCCCGAGGAGUUCGCGUGGGCCGACGGCGAGAACGUCUUCGCGGCGCGCGACGGCGUCGACGCGGCGCUCGCGGCGGCCUUCCGCGACGCCGCCGCGGAGGCCUACGCGCGCGACGGCCCCGCGGCCGCCGCGGCCCUCGCGCGGGCCGCGCCGGCGCACCGGGGGGGCAACUUGCCGCGGCUCGCCGCGGUCGGCGGCUACCUCGGCGCCGCGGCGGAGUCCGGCGGCGCCUGGGACCGGGCCCUGGUCGGCGAGACCUGCGCCGGCGCCGCGCCCGCGGAGACCUACGACGAGGUGAUCCGGCGCCUCGGGUCCCUCGGCGCGCCGCGCGCGGCGCUCGACGUCGCCGCGGCGAUGGCGGCGGCGGGCGUCGCCGCCGGCGCGGCGACGGCGGAGCACCUCAACGGCGCCAUGGUGCGGUCCGUCGACCGGGGCCCGACGGCGGACGCCAUGGCGCGGCUCCCGGAGCCGGGGCCGCCCGAGGUCGUCCUCCUGGGGCGGAGCAACGUCGGCAAGAGCUCGCUCGCGAACGCGCUUUUGGGCCGCCGCGCGCUCGCGCCGACGUCGCCCGUGCCCGGCCGCACGCGGCGCUUCCACUUCUACGACGUCAAUUCCGGCGACGGCGCCGAGUCCGAGCGGCCGCGCUUCGCGCUCGUCGACGUGCCCGGCGCGGGCUUCGCCGUGAGCGACGUCGCCGCCGCGCUCGAGGACGGCGGCCUCGCGCGGCCGGGCGUCGCCGAGGCCGCGGGCGGCAAGCAGGACAGCUGGCGGUCGCUCACGGCGCGCUACCUCGACGUCCGGGACAGCCUCGCCGUCGUCCUCCAGCUCGUCGACAAGCUCAAGCCCCGGGAGCUCGACCGCGCCGAGGCGACGCUCCGCGCGGCCGCGGACGCGGCCUACGCCGGCGACGGCGGCCGCGCGGCCGUCGUCCGCACCGCGGCGACCGCGCGGCCGCCCGUGGGGCGCGCACACCUCUGGCGCGAGAUCCUCGCGGGGCUCGACGCCGCGUCCUAA